UCCGGCCGCCAUACCGGCGUGAGCGGUCAAAACAGCGGGGCCGGCAGUACUUAAAUACUUAAAACGAUCACCAAACACUUUCGAAAAAGAAAAAAGGUAGAUAUCAAGGUUUUUGGGACGAAUACAACGGAUUCCGCUAGGAACGAGCGGAGGUUAAAUCUAAAAAUACUCCUAAUAGAAGUAAAAAGAAGAACAGAAUAUGUUGUGAAAAGUAAUUGGCGAGUGCCUGUAUCCUUAGUUAAAUUGGAAACUUGCUUAAUGCAACAAAAAUAUGACUUAACCUCACUUUCUCCUGUGUGUUUGUAAUUAAUUUCGAUUUAAAUUCCGAUUUAUUUAACGAUGGCCGAGACGGCGGCGAGCCAGGAACCCAAGAAAGAGGCCGACCCGUACGCAUAUUUGAGCAGGGGUGAAUUUUCCUCUGAGAACUUCAAGAUCGAGAUUAAAAAUUUACCGAAAUUUUACGGGAUGAGCGAAUUCCGAAAAUUGCUUAAUGAGAAACUGAAGUUAAACUCGAAUAAAAUCAAAUUGCCAAGGCGAAACAGCCCCUACGCUUUCGUAUGCUUCCGCAACGAGGAAGAUAGAGACCGCGCCUUGAACGUGGUGUCCGAGCUCAAAUGGAAAGGAAAACAGCUGCAAGCGACUAAAGCAAAACCAAGUGCAGAUCCUCUAGUGAAAAAGCGCAAUGAGGAUUUUGACAAUCGUGAUGAGUCAAAACGUAUAAAGUUGGACAAUAUAACAGUGGAGGAAAGGAUCAAGCUAUCCACUAUCCCUCUGGCAGAUACGACUUACAAAGAGCAGUUGGCGAUCAAACAGGCUGAGAUUAAGGACGUUUUGAGCAAACUCGGGAACAAUCUAGCCCGUCAAAACCCCGAACUCAGGGAAUGGAUAGACAGUCAAAAGAUUAAACAUGAAGGUUUGCCGUGCGAAUUAUUAGACAUCAAGUUUUCUGACGUCAUCGACGGUUACAGGAACAAGUGCGAGUUCACAGUAGGCGUGGACGAAGAUACAAAACUCGCCACCGUCGGUUUUCGCGUCGGCGCCUAUGUGAACGGCGUCACGGGUGUUGGUCCCGUGGCCCAUCUGAGGCACAUCCCGGACGCAAUGAAAAUCGCCGUCAAAGCGUUUCAAGAUUUCGUGCGGGGCUCCGCCCUCGACGUGUUCAAUCCCGAGUUUCAGACGGGACACUUUCGGCAAUUAUGCGCUCGGACCGCCCCCAAUCAGCUGAUGCUCGUAGUCGGCGUUCACCCCCAAGACUUACCAUUAGCUCGCAUCCAGGAAUUUCAACGGGAAUUGGUCGAGUAUUUCCUGACGGGAGGAGGUAAGGAGGCCCGAGUCACGUCGCUCUACUACCAGGAGAUUGUCAAAAAGAACGCAGGAGAAACUCCCGCCCCCGCCACUCAUCUGUGGGGUACCACCCACGUGACCGAGUCAGUGCUUGGGCUCAGGUUCAACAUUUCGCCUGAGGCUUUUUUCCAGGUCAACACGGGGGCGGCGGAGGUACUGUACGGCGCCGCCCUCGACUUGGCAUCCCCCACCAAAGACUCUACGGUCUUAGACGUGUGCUGCGGCACCGGGACUAUAGGAUUGUGUUUCUCCCAGCGUUGCCAGCGCGUGCUCGGCAUCGAGGUCGUUCCGGGGGCUGUCGCAGACGCGAACGAAAAUGCUCGUCUCAACGGUAUCGAAAACGCCGAGUUUUUCGCAGGCAAGGCCGAGGACUUGCUCGGUUCCGUGUGUUUCAAAGCAGAAGGGGACGUCACGGCGGUAGUCGACCCGCCCAGGGCCGGACUACAUCAGAAAGCGGUACUGCAAAUCCGCAAAAUUGGAAAGAUCGACAAGCUGAUUUAUGUGUCGUGCAAUCCACACCUGGCGAUGAAGAAUUUCACGGACUUGGGACGACCCGAAUCCAAGUCGCUACACGGGGAACCGCUCGUUCCCGUCAGGGCCGUCGCCGUGGACCUUUUCCCCCACACGAAACACUGCGAGCUAGUUGUCCGCUUCGAGCGUUGGGAUCGCGUCCGGGACGGCUUGAAGGGGCGGGAAAAUCCGUAAUCGCGUCACACCGUCCGAAUAAAUCAGGUUUUUAACGUGCUGCGUUUUUGUACGGUUUUAUACUUCAGAGACCCUCAACUCUCCUAUCGAUUUCAGUUUAUUGGGAAAAUCGCAACUCGGACGGUAGCCGUUUCAACUACUGGCCAGCGCCAUAUCAAUUCGUGCUUCAAUCCUGGGGUUGGAACUACUUACCCGCGCAUUUCAAAUGAAUUCAAUCGGUCCCAGUGUUUUAAACAAAUAACCGCUGGUACAUUAGAACUACCAUGAUCCGGGACCCUUUAAAUAUUUUCAAUUUAACUAGGAAAUGUUCCUCAAACCAUGGACGUCUGAACUAUUCGCCCGCGCAAUAUCGCUUCGUGCUUCAGUAAAUUCCUCAUUUUAUCCUGUUUGCUAAGGUUCCCAAUAGGGUCGAACGGUUCACGGUUGACUUAACCCUUUUGGGAUGCGAAAUGGUAAAAAAGCGAACACGAAAGGCAAACGACCCACUGUGAAGACUGACCGCAGGCUCUCCUGCCGUCGGUUCCGGACGGGGCCCCGUUUAUUGCACUCGCGUGUGAAACUCGCGGAUUUGCGGAAUCGACUCUGUUUCUGGCGCCGGACCACGCGGAAGUGUCUUUUUGAAUCUCAAUGUCAAAAACGUCUUAUUUUUCCUGUGCGGUUGCGCACAAGCCAUCACAUGGGUUACGCGGGAUUGAAAGACUGGGUGAACGCGCAAAUUUAAAUUACCGAUCCCAAAAGGGCUCUAACCCGACUUUGUGAGUUGAAAGGGUUAUUGAAAAUAGAAACAAUGGAUUCUGAACAUUGUUAUAUAUUUUUAAUUUGGUGAGAAAAUGCCCCGCCCGCGAAUUUCAAUUCAAUUCAGUCAGCACCAUUAUCUUGAAUAAACGCUGGUACAUUUGAACUACCAUGAUUCGAGACGAAUAUCUUUUCAUGCAUCGGUAAAUGUGUUAUUUUUUCACUUUAAAUAUUUUUAAUUUAACGAGAAAACGCCCCUCAAACCAUGGGCUUUUGAACUAUCCGCCCUCGCGCAUUGCCGGAU